GGGAGGACCUUGGCCUCGGGUGUAGUUUGCGGUUUGUUCAUCUGCUGCUGCUGUGCGCGACCUGGGAGGGGAAGAAGGGAUGCUCGGGGAGAGGAUCAGAGAUGGAAGCAUCGGCUGCACUUCGAGACAAAGCUCACCUAACCUGCGGUGGGGAACUGAAGCAGAAAGCAGAGGCAAAGUAGCAGCUGACCUUGUCACUGGGGGGCAGAGCACCGCCGCCGUUUUACUGUUGCUUCAAGCAAGUUCCUUGUGCAGUGUGAAUUGCAGGUGGCUCAGCCAACGCCAGUUCUUCCCAGGUCCGUGGGGUGAAUAAAAAUUGUUAACUCUUGGCUUGAUUUGUCAUCCUUUGGGGGAAUUAAAAAACAGUGUCAGACUGUCUGUUACGUGGUCAUAUUGUUAGACCACGCACAACUUGAAGUGGGUUAUCCUGGAGGUGAGAGUGACUCUGGCCAGCGAAGCAAAGGAAAGCUGGUUCUUAAAGUCUGCCCAGAACUCCUUGGAGAGGCGAUAAAGUGAGUAAGAAGACAAAUGGGAGUUAUAAAGUGGAUGCAAUAGCUUUAUCAGAACUUCUCUCUGCACACUGCCACAUCAGCUCGUUAAAAAACAACUACCAUUGUUUUGAGAACAGUAUGGAAAAAAAGCCCUUUGAGCAUCUCUGCAGCUCUUAUGUCUGAUGCAUUAACCAAGAAAACCGAUAAUACAGCACAGACAAAGAGAGGUGCAAAUAUGGCAAAGGCAGCUAAGGAAAUUCAAAUGGAGAACCCAAAAGAGCUGGAGACCCAGAGCGCAGGGACAACGUGCUCCCCGUCAGAAGAACAGGCAGAAAAACCCUCCAUGCUCUGCUUCAAGAAGCGGAAGAAGUCCUGUAAGAAGGGGCUGACCUCGAAGGAUGCAUGUGAAGGAGCUUCUGCAGCCUCGGAGGAGAAAAGCCAAUGCAUCGGCACAGACCAAGGGGAGGCAAAAGUUUCUGCUCAACCACGACCCUCCAGAGGAGCCUGGGCAGCUAUUAAAAGUCUCACAAGACCUCGAAGAAGGCAAAAAUCCUCUUCACGGAAGAAGGUGCCCUCUGAUUCCCAGGUGCAGCUGGAGAUAGAUGCCGAGGAGGGCUGCACACAAGGUUUCCCAAGGAAAAAGGCAAGCUCAGGUGUGAAGAUGCCCUGCGUACGGUUCUCAAGAGGCAAGAAAAAGCGUAGCUCCUCUGAGGUAGUGGAGGAGUCAGAGGGCAGUGUCCAGGCAAACGAAGAGAUGGGCAUUUCGAAUAAAGCCAUUGAGGAGCCAGAGGACCUGGCGCCGGCAGAGGAGCCAAGCAGAGCUGAGCCUUCCAGCCCACUCCCUGUGGAGGAGGACCGGGAGGACAAGGGUACGGUAGAAGAAGGGGCUGAUGCUGGUAGAAAGAGUGAGCCCUUGGCAGAGUCCAGGCCUGACGUGGAUGAACACGCAGAGCACACCACUCAGUCCCAAAUCACCAGUUCAGAGGCAGUUGAUGAACACGCAGAGCACACCACUCAGUCAGAAAUCACCAGUUCAGAGGCAGUUGAUGAACACGCAGAACACACCACUCAGUCAGAAAUCACCAGUUCAGUGGCAGCUGAUGAACCCGUCCAGGAACAGCUGCCUGAGGGGAGUCUGCAGCAAACUGCAGUGCACAUGGAAGAGAGGGAAGUCCCUGCCGAAGCACCGGUUUCCACAGAGCAGCCCAACAGCACCCCUGAAAUCACUGAGGUGCAGGAAAUAGCUAAUAUCUGCAAAGAGCUGCCUGAAGGGGAUGAAUCAGAGAGGAACACAAAUCUUCCCGAGGAGUGCAAAGCUGAAGAGACCGUAAUGGAUUUCAGUCAGUCAGCAUUUAAAGAUGAGGCAGCGAGCAUGCAGAGCAGCUCCAGCCACCAGGAGAAACCCGAAGUCAACAUGGGCACCUGUGUCGGCAUCGUCAUCACCGUCACCGAAGCCGUGGACUCUGACAACAACGACUCUGACCAGGACUAUGAGCCGACCCUGGUUUUGCACCACAAUAAGCAAAAAGGGAAUAAAAAAUCAAGUGGGAGCUUUGAUUUUGGUCAAAAAGAGGGCCCUGAGGCUGGCAGCAGUGCUCUGGCAGAGGAGAAAGGCCUGGGUGACCAGGGGCACAGGACUUCGGAUCAGUACGAGUUGCUCCUCAUAGAAACAGCGUCUUCCCUCGUGAAGGCGGCCAUCCAGUCAUCCAUAGAGCAGCUGGUCAACGAGAUGGCUCUGGAACAGAACAAACACAACAGUUUCCUGUGAUGGUGGCGACGCCUCCAAAACAGGAGUAGAGGGAGCGUUUUCAAGCUGCUGUGGCCUGAGGGGGAGAGCAAGGAGGGCUCCCGGGGCCAUGGUGUAGUUAGCUCUGCAUGCCCGUGAAGUUGUGUGUAUGUGUGUGUGUGUAAAACGGGUCCUGGGACAUGUGGCAGGCCCUGCUCUGCACAGCGCGUCCCCUGGGCCUGGGGCUUCAGGCAGCACGACUGCCCAUAGCUGCAGGAAAAUUAAGGCGUUACAGAGUUUUCGUUUAUUGGCAUCUUUGUGUUGAGGCUACGUUUCUGCCUCCAUCCAUUCUGUAUUUCCCCGCUGUUAGUGGUGUAUGUACGUUUAGGGAAAGGUCUGAGGGGCAGCGAGCACCUUCCUGCCCUGGGUUCAGUUGGGUGCAUGGGGCUCAGUGGGAUCACAGGAGGGAGACGGGACUGCGAUGUGCAAUGAAGAUAUCAAUGCUGAGCAGGCCGGGGCUGGUGUUCAGCGUUGCACGCAGGUACUCUGCACGCAGGGGUUAGAAACCGCGGUCACCCCUGCGGUCACGUCAGAUGAAACCGUGUGGCUGCAGCGAGCAGCGCUUCUUGUCCGUCCUGACCCCCUGCCAGAAGCAGCCUGUGCACGGCCAGGCAUGGCACAGCACACUGUCAGCUCCCCUUGCUGACCCCAGGCUGUGUGAAUGCCAAGAAAAUGCCAGCGCUUGGUUUGCCGGGGACUGCUCCUGCACUGCCAGGAGCAGUACACAGGAUUGCCCGUGGCCAGUCUGGAGCAUGCCUGCCGCAGGGAGCCCCUCGCCUUUGCCUUUCUUUGUCUGUCAUGGUGAAGCUGUCCGUGGAUGUAGCGUACUUCUGAUAUGUGGCAUGUAAUAUAAAUAGCAGUGAGCUGCAUGCAACUCUUGCCUCGGUGUUGAAAUAGCUCGGCAGCAGUGAUGCGCUGCAGGCGGUGAAAUCGCUCUAAGUCAGGAGCAGAUUUGGACAGGCUGCUGGCAGCGUCCCUGUGUGCGGGCAGCAGUCUGUCCCUUCUCCUGGCUGCAAAUCCCUCCUGACCUGACUGCAGCGAACCUGGCAUCGUGCCCCUCUUGUUCCCCCGGGCUCCCUGCUGGCUCCAUGGUGGUGAAACACCGGAGCAACCCCACCAAAGUCCUCAGGGAAAACCCAGACACCAGGGCCUGGGGACACUGCCAUGAAAUGCCCAAAGAGGCCAGGUGCUGUCCAAAAAUACAAGCUGCUCUGCUACGAGAGGGCUUGCUUGCAGCGUGUGUGCACACGCGUGUUGCGUGUGGGCAUGCAUCACCUCACUGCCAGCCCUCAGAAAGAAAGGGGCCUUUUGAUAAUUCUGGAGUGCAGCUGUGUGGUUGUGAUUUACGUACGGCUGCGUGAACGU